CCACGUGAGUGCGGACGGAGGGGGAGGACUCAGUGAAGUCUGAGACAGCGGUUCGGUGCCCGCUUUCGGAGUUGUCGGCAGCGAGCGGCGGCGGCAGCAGCAUCAGCACCGGCGGAGCCGGGCAUGGAGUGAAACUCCAGCCCUACUGCAGGACAAUAUUCUGACUAAAACAGCACCAGACAAGUCCAGCCUCUCUGAGGGCUCUACGGAAACAAGAUGGCUAGUGCCUCGGUGAAGGUGGCGGUGAGAGUGCGGCCCUUCAACUCCAGAGAGAUCGGCCGGGAUAGCAAAUGCAUUAUUCAGAUGUCAGGAAACACAACGACAAUUGUUAACCCAAAGCAACCCAAGGAGGUACCCAAGAGUUUCAACUUCGACUACUCCUACUGGUCCCAUACCACGCCUGCCGACAUCAACUAUGCAUCGCAGCAGCAGGUGUAUUGCGACAUUGGCGACGAGAUGUUGCAACACGCCUUCGAGGGCUACAAUGUCUGCAUCUUCGCCUAUGGACAGACUGGGGCGGGGAAAUCGUACACCAUGAUGGGCAAACAGGAGAAGGAGCAACAAGGAAUCAUCCCCCAGCUGUGUGAAGACCUCUUCGGCAAGAUUAAUGACAGUGCAAAUGCCAAUCUUUCCUACUCUGUGGAAGUCAGCUACAUGGAGAUUUACUGUGAACGUGUGCGAGACCUACUGAACCCCAAAACCAAAGGAAACCUUCGAGUUCGAGAGCACCCCAUUCUAGGCCCUUAUGUGGAGGAUCUCUCUAAACUUGCUGUGACUUCCUAUAAUGACGUCUCAGACCUCAUGGACUCAGGCAACAAAGCCAGAACCGUGGCUGCUACAAACAUGAAUGAAAGCAGCAGCCGAUCACACGCUGUGUUCAAUAUCAUCUUCACACAGAAAAUACUUGACUCCAAUGCAGAAUCAUCCUCUGAGAAGGUGAGUAAAAUCAGUUUGGUUGAUCUUGCUGGAAGUGAAAGAGCAGAUUCCACAGGAGCAAAGGGAACACGGUUAAAGGAAGGAGCAAAUAUAAAUAAAUCCUUGACAACUCUGGGCAAGGUCAUCUCAGCGCUGGCGGACGUGGAUUCUGGAUCAAAUAAGAACAAGAAAAAGAAGAAAACAGAUUUCAUCCCAUACAGAGACUCUGUGCUAACGUGGCUCCUACGGGAAAACCUUGGGGGCAACUCUCGGACUGCCAUGGUGGCCGCCCUUAGUCCAGCCGACAUCAACUAUGAAGAGACACUCAGCACCCUGAGGUACGCCGACCGUGCUAAGCAGAUCCGAUGCAAUGCCGUCAUUAAUGAGGAUCCCAACAACAAGCUGAUCCGGGAAUUAAAGGAUGAAGUCUCCAGACUGAGGGAUCUGCUCUGCACUCAGGGAUUGGGCGACAUUAUUGAUCUGACUCCGGUGCCCGAUGACACAAGAAGUGGAAGAAAAUUGUCCGGAUUGGUGGCUGGAGUGAGUCCCUCGCCAUCCCUGUCUGCUCUGUCCAGUCGCGCUGGUUCCGUGUCUAGCCUGCAUGACCGGCUGAUGAUUGCUCCUGGCAGUGAUGAAGCCAUUGAACUACUCAAGGAGACAGAGAAAAUAAUUGCUGAACUGAAUGAAACAUGGGAGGAGAAACUGCGCAGAACAGAAGCUAUAAGAAUGGAAAGGGAGGCUCUGCUUGCCGAGAUGGGCGUAGCCAUGCGUGAAGAUGGUGGCACCUUGGGUGUUUUCUCUCCUAAGAAGAUUAAACGGAGAAGAGCAGCUCAGAUGUUGCUGGAGUCUCUGGGGGUGUUCUCUCCCAAGGAGACGCCUCAUCUGGUGAAUUUGAAUGAAGAUCCACUGAUGUCCGAGUGUCUUCUGUACUACAUCAAAGAUGGAAUAACAAGAGUUGGGCGUGAAGAUGCAGAACGGCGGCAGGAUAUAGUACUGAGUGGACAUUUCAUUAAAGAAGAGCACUGUAUCUUCCGAAGUGAUGUCAAGACAUUAGGUGAAGUGAUUGUCAUUCUUGAACCAUGUGAAGGAGCAGACACAUACCUCAACGGAAAGCAAGUGACUGAACCAACUGUACUUAGAUCAGGGAACCGCAUCAUCAUGGGGAAAAGCCAUGUUUUCCGUUUCACUCACCCCGAACAGGCCCGUCAAGAACGCGACAAGACACCCUGUGCAGAGACUCCCGUUGAGCCUGUGGACUGGGCUUUUGCCCAGCGGGAAUUACUGGAGAAGCAGGGCAUUGACAUGAAGCAGGAGAUGGAACAAAGGUUGCAAGAACUAGAAACUCAGUACCGGAGAGAAAAGGAGGAAGCUGAUUUACUGUUAGAACAGCAGCGACUGGACUACGAAAGCAGACUGGAAGCUUUACAAAGGCAGAUGGAUUCCUGCUUUUACCCAGAAAAUGUACAGGAAGAUGAAGAACCAGAGGAGGAAGUGCAAUGGACGGAGCGGGAGUUUGAGCUGGCACUGUGGGCAUUCCGAAAAUGGAAAUGUUACCAGUUUACCUCCUUGCGGGACCUUCUUUGGGGAAAUGCCAUCUUUUUGAAGGAGGCCAAUGCCAUCAGCGUCGAGUUGAAGAAAAAGGUGCAGUUCCAAUUUGUGCUCCUCACAGACACAUUGUACUCCCCGCUACCUCCUGACCUCAUGCCCCCAGAUGCAGUUAAGGACAGAGAGAAGCGUCCAUUUCCACGCACCAUUGUGGCAGUGGAAGUCCAAGACCAGAAAAAUGGAGCAACGCACUACUGGACCCUGGAGAAACUCAGACAGAGACUAGACCUGAUGCGUGAGAUGUAUGACCGUGCCGCUGAAGUGCCUUCCAGUGUGGUCGAUGACUGUGACAAUGUUAUGACGGGUGGAGAUCCAUUUUACGAUCGUUUCCCAUGGUUUCGGUUGGUCGGAAGUACUCCCAUUUUCAACACUUGCAUGACUGAGCGCAUGGCUGAUCUCACCCCCUCCCCCACCUUCUCGAACCCUGACUCUGACAUCACUGAGCUCGCAGACGAGCGCCAUGAUGGAAAGGAGGAGGAGGAGGAGGAGGAUGAGGAUGAGGAUGAGGAUGAGGAGGAGCUGGACGAUGAAAUCUUUCUGGAUGAUCCCUUUUCUGACCUGGGGGGAGACGAAGGGUACCAGUUCCACCAUGAUGGCCAGGACCCGUUUUACGACCGCUCACCCUGGUUCAGUUUAGUGGGAAGAGCAUUUGUUUAUCUCAGUAACCUGCUGUACCCCGUGCCAUUAGUACACCGUGUGGCAAUAGUCAGUGAGAAGGGAGAGGUCAAAGGAUUUCUACGUGUAGCUGUCCAGGCUAUUUCUGCUGACGAGGAAGCCCCAGACUAUGGUUCUGGGGUUCGACAGUCAGGAACAGCUAAAAUAUCUUUUGAUGACCAGCACUUUGAGAAGUUUCAGUCGGACUGCUGUACCUCUGGAAUGUCUCGCUCAGGCACGUCACAGGAGGAGCUGCGCAUUGUUGAAGGACAAGGUCAGUCAAGCGACUCAGGCCCUUCAGCCGACGAGGUUAACAACAACACCUGUAUAGCCACCCAGGAGGAUCUGGAGAGUCCAUUGAAGUCACCAGUAGAUGCCCAGAUAGAUGGGCUAGUAGAGCAUCUCAGGAUCGGCAGCAACUUCACUUUCAGAGUGACUGUCUUACAGGCAUCAAGUAUUUCCGCUGAAUAUGCCGAUAUCUUCUGCCAGUUCAAUUUCAUCCAUCGCCAAGAAGAAGCCUUUUCUACGGAGCCAUUAAAGAACACAGGCCGAGGACCCCCACUGGGUUUUUACCAUGUGCAGAAUAUUGCAGUGGAGGUGACCAAAUCUUUUAUUGAGUACAUCAAGACCCAACCCAUUGUCUUUGAGGUUUUUGGACACUACCAACAGCACCCGUUCCCACCACUAUGCAAGGACCUCAUCAGUCCUUUAAGACCUUCUCGCCGGCAGUUCCCUCGGGUGAUGCCCUUGAGUAAACCAGAGAAUGAGAAAGCACUUGUUUUAAUUAAACACCUGAUGCCUGAUGGGUUGAACCUCCCAUUCCUGGACUCGCUGUCCAUGCACGCUGUGUCUGCUGCUAGUGUUGCUGUUUCCUAUCUCUCCGAGGAGGAGGAUUAUGUCCACUUGCCCCUUCCCUCUUCCCUUGGCUGUGCUGUCAUGAAAGCCCAGACACAUGUGCCAGCGACCAAGUUGAGCACCAUGAGCCGCCCCACUGCAGGGCAGUGUCAGGGCAAAUAUGACCUGCUGGUAUUCUUUGAGAUCUGUGAGUUGGAGGCUACUGGAGAGUAUAUUCCCGCUGUAGUCGACCACAGAGGUGGAAUGCCCUGUCAUGGAACUUUCCUACUGCACCAGGGAAUCCAAAGAAGGAUAACAGUUACUAUUGUGCAUGAGACAGGAAGUGAUAUACAUUGGAAGGAAGUACGAGAACUGGUUGUGGGUCGGAUCCGGAACACACCAGAGUCAGAUGAUUCUAUCAUCGAUCCCAACAUCCUGUCCUUGAAUAUUCUAACGGCAGGCCACACACAUCCAUCCCUGGAGGAUAGGCAAUUUCUUGAUUCGGAUAUGCCUAGCAUAACACAUGGAAAUGAUAAUAGAACCUUUUACCGAUUUGAAGCAGGCUGGGACAGCUCCAUGCAUAACUCCCUGCUGCUCAACAGAGUGACCCCAUAUGGAGAGAAGAUCUACAUGACAUUGUCUGCAUAUUUGGAGAUGAAAGACUGCACACAGCCUGCUGUCAUCACCAAAGACUUCUGCAUGGUUUUCUACACCCGCGAUGCCAGGCUGCCAGCCUCCCGUUCCAUCCGAAAUCUAUUUGGCAGCGGAACACUUAAAGCUUCAGAAAGUAACCGAGUGACUGGUGUGUAUGAGCUGAGCCUGUGUCGGGUGGCAGAUGCAGUGAGCCCAGGCAUGCAGCGAAGACGCAGGCGGGUCCUCGACACCUCUGUCGCCUACGUCCGUGGGGAGGAGAAUCUGGCUGGCUGGCGGCCCCGGAGUGACAGUCUCAUCCUGGACCACCAGUGGGAACUGGAGAAACUCAGCCUAUUACAAGAGGUGGAAAAGACCAGGCACUACCUGCUAUUGCGUGAGAAGUUGGAGGCCACGUUGAGGUCAGGCUGUGAGUCUGUGUCCUCGUACACCAGCGAAGAUCUCAGUGAAUCCCAGAGCAUCUCAUCAUACAGCUUGCACUCUACAGGAAGCAAUGACAUGCCAACCUCCAGCUAUACCACCACCGAGCGCCAGAAAGAGCUGGCAGCUAAGUGCCUCCGACUCUUGUCCCACACAUUCAACAGGGAGUACAGCCAUGUCUGUAUCAGCGCCAGUGAGAGCAAGCUAUCUGAGAUGUCUGUUACAUUGACGAGGGACACAUCAUUUUCUGCACUGAGCAACACGACGCUGCCUCCAUCGUCCACCUGUCCCUCACUAUUGGAAGGACAAUUCAUCUCAGAGCUGAGGACUCCUGAGACCCAAUCCAGAGCGAUUAGUCCAGAUCCCGAUUCACUACAAGAUGGAGUACUCAAGAAAUCUCCUGUGCUGGGCAAGGAUGAGAAAGGAGGCCCUCGCAUGUUUGUGGCUGAUAUCCAAGAGAUCCGAGUGAGUCCAAUUGUAUCGAAGAAAGGGACCCUACAUUUCCUGGAGCCCCAAACCAACGGCUGGGUGAAGCGCUUUGUAGUCGUGCGGCGGCCAUACGUUUACAUUUAUAACACCGACAAGGACACGGUGGAGAGGGCCAUCCUUAACCUGUCUGCUGCCCAGGUGGAGUACAGUGAGGAUCAACAGGCCAUGCUAAAGACUCCAAACACCUUUGCUGUGUGCACUGAACAUCGCGGGAUACUGCUACAAGCAUGCAACGAUAAAGAAAUGCAAGACUGGCUUUAUGCCUUCAACCCCCUCCUUGCUGGUUCAAUCAGGUCAAAGCUGUCCAGAAGGAGGAGCAGUCAGAUGAGGAUCUGACAUAAAUCCAUGAUCAGCUUGAAUUCCACUGCAAACAUCAGAUUGGACACUUAUGUACAUAGUCAACCUAGCCUUUCCAGAAUUGAUGUGAAUGCCCAUCUAAAUGCCUGCUCUACGUGUAGUAAUUUAUUGAGGAUUAAAAAUUAAUAGUUGUGUGAAAGCAAAAACCGUGUCGCUGGCGCCGGGGAGUGCCGUGUUCCGUGUGCGUGUGAUGCUCUGUGUGUCUUCAGCAAGCAGUUGGACAUUAGUGACGAGCGAGUUCCUGACCAUGGACACUAGAUGCUGUCGUGCUCCUUAUGUAUUUGUUUUGAGGAAAGGGGGGGGGGGGGGGGGGGGGAAAGAAGACCAUGAAGACAGUUUGUGGCAUCCAAACUAUUCCCUACAGAGAAAUGUCUGAUUGGGACGUGAGUGUACCGUUAGGCUCAGAGCUCUUCAUUGGGCCGUGAGACCUUUGGGAAUGAAUGGAGAGCUGAUGGGAAAAGUGACAGAGAUCAGUAAGUGAUCUGUAAUGCUCCUUAUUGGUUGGUUCGUUCUCGCCAACGCCCCAUGCUGAUUUGCAUCCGCUUAAAGGUGAAUCUUCACCAAAGGCUCUGUGAAUAGUACGAGGUUUGUGGCCGAAAGAGCUGUCAGGUUAUUUUCUGCAGGAAGGGAUGACCUAUCUAUUGGGAGACAUGAGCAUUGAAGAAGAUUUACAAAACUGGAAUUGUGGGGUAGUAAAAGGGUUAAUAUUGUAUAUAUAUCAUGUUUAGCUCUAUACUGAUAAUGUAUUCUUAAUCUUUAAUAAGAAUUGUUUCUGCUGAAGUUGUAUAGUAUUGUCUGCCCCUCCUCCCCAGGUGCAAAUAUUUGGGUAGCGUUUGCCUUGUUGGGAUUUUCAUGAAUCAGUCAGCACCCACACCCUUUCUAUGUCUGAACGAUUCAAGAGCAGAAAUCUGACUUUGGUCACCAGUACUAAAUGCAUGCGGAACACCAGCUGCCAGCUAUGCUUCGCACCAUUCGAUGCUGAAUGAGGCGGUAUGUACAGUUAGUAGCCACUCGCGCAUCUAGUGCCACUGACCUUAAACAGAUCAUUUCCCCUGAGUGUUUUGUAAAUUUGUGGCUGUAGAAAGAAACUGCUCAUUUGCUGUACUCUUGUCUUUGGAGGAGAUGCUGACUGCCUAACGCCUGUACCAGUAUGACCCUCAAUUGUUGACCCUCAAUGGACUCAAUAUAGCUGCCCAGAUUGGGGAUGGGGGGUAGGAAUACAAUAAUUCAGAUUGUUUUUUUUAAUGGUUUUGCAUUAGCUGCUUCUAACUACCAAUGUUACUACCUCUCUGACCCCACCGGAAGAUGUCUUUCAUAUUUGGGUGGUGUAGGGAUCAGAGAAGCCAUCUAGAGCAAUUGGCUCCAGUGGUCUCAGAUCUAUCAGUGGAAGUGAGCAGCCCAAGAUGCAUCUGCUUUAGAGCUUUCAAGCUGUGUGCAGAUCGCCACACAUUUAGUCAUUCCUGUGUAUCACAAUUUUAUUUACAGAUGGCAUUAAUCAUCAGCAGGCAACUAUGUUGCCAGUGUUAUAAGCAAAUUGAGUAUUCAUGUCAAGUGGCUCUUGAUCAGGACCAAACAGCUCCAACAUGCUGCAAAUACUGGAAUGGAAUUGUUGCUUUGGAUGUUGGUCAAUGGAGCCCCAACAAACACAGCCCUCUGUGGGCUGUCGGGUCAAGGUGAUAAAGAUCUCCACAAGUUCCUCAUGGUGCUUUAUUUAAACCAAAAAGACGAUCACCAACACCCCAUCCUCAACAGGUGGAAAAGAUGCACCAUCUGCUUCUCGGGUCACUGCAACAAUACCUUAAAGUCCAGCAUUAAGUAAAAGUUGUGUAUUAAGGUUGCUGUGUAAUUAAAAGAAGCUUACUGCUAUGCAUAUAUUGCACCCUCUAUUGUUACGUUCUACAGAUUAUUGUAACAGUCAAAACAAUAUGGAUGCAGGCAUAAUCAAUUUGCUGCUAAAUGGAACACCUCAAAGUAGUUCACUCUGAAGUGUUAACUAACUUUGAGCCUGCAGAUUAUAUACUGGGUUUUAUGGGGAGUCUUUGGAUAAACCAAAGCUCUUGAGGGGUUGGGUAGCAUCUGAGUCCUAGUCAGUAACGUUCCAACAUUUUAGAUACCGUGCCUCAGCGGAAGCUUAUCAAACCAAGAAAGCAACUUACCAUUCGCAACGGAAAUUUUCAAUUGCACAUUGGUGUGUGCGUGUGUGUAUGUGUGUCUUCACCUGUGGUAAACUUGCAUUUUCUAUCAGGUGAGUGAUGUGCUCUUUCUCACGUUCCAUGCACAAGAAGACUGUCCUGUUGCAAUAUAUGUUCAUGUAGCCCCUUCUCCCUCUCUCACUCCAAACCCUCCCUUCCCUACUGCUUUGGAGAUCACUUUCCUUUCCAUGUAUCUGCAUUUGACGUGUGUUUUCCCCCCACGGGUGUCUGCUCAGUAACUUCAAUUACAAAGUCUAAUUCGGAGAAGUUUGAUGUCUGACUCGCUUGUCAUUGGUGACGAUUAAGGGAAAGUAGUUUGGAGUCUGUGUGAAUUAUUAAGUUAAAAUAUUUGAAGCAUAACUAGAGCUUUACAUUAUCUGGCACAGCUGUUUCAAUGUAUCAAUCAUCUCCGCAUUCGAUAACACCACAGUUUGAGAAUAGAUAACAGAACAGACAAUUUCCCCACCUGCUAAUAAGACUUAGGAAGAACUGCAACAAUGAACAAUCAGAUGUAAAUUAUUAUUAUUUUAUAGGAUUUGGUCUCAAGUCAAUAUUAAUAAUACAAGAUAAUGUAUACUGCUAGUCCCUUUUUAUCUAGGAUGACCUGAAGACUGGGAAUGCUAUUUUGAAGGGAUUUUUGAUGUGACAGGUAUAACCUUGGCCAGCCAGUCUAUGGAUUAUAUCUGACCAUAAUAUUAGAUGUGAAAGUUCCAAAGUUUCUACCCUACAAAGCAACUCGAACCAGGCGCUGUGUCUUAGGCCAACCAACCUACAGAGCACACCCAUAUUUGGAAAGGUCAGGGGGGGGGGGGGGGGGGGGGGGGGUGCAAAUAAGAAAGGUGAAGCAUUCUCACUUCCACCAUCCUUGACCAAUGAUUGCUGUUUCCCAUGGGAUAAUUGCCCAGUCUUUCACCAGAACAAUGUCCAAAUGCACUAGCUUUACCAUUCUCUUCAAUUGCAGUUCUUAGGCAACAUAUUAUUUCCACAAACAUAUCAACAAUCCUAAUGCAUUAACUUACAAAUGCUAUCUAAAAAAACUCAAUUUCUUUCCCUCGGCAGAACAUGGCAUAAGAAAAUUUAAGAAAAUGGGAGGGAAAAUUCAACCUUAAAGCUCAUCCCCAUCUCAUAAAUCAAUGCAGUGUAAAUAUUUUCCAGCUCUAGCCUUCAAGUAAAGCCAUGCAUCUUCUCUGGUAAUCCCAUGACAUAACCUAUGUAUUUCCUUACCAUUUCUUUAUCAAAUCCAUGAACAUCAGCUACCGAUAUUCUCGUCAUAUCCUCCAAACCUUCAAUGGAAACAGACAGAAUUAUCUAUUGAUGUCAGUUCUUGAUCAUAUUAACUUUUCUCUUUUCUUUGUCUGUUAACUGUUAAAUUAUAAAACAUAUUUCCACAAUUCACUUUUCAUGUCAUCGUUUUUACCUUUUUCCCCUCACAGAUUUGUAUUCUACAGUUUAAAAAAUGGUUUCAAUCAUUUUGUUUUUUAAAUACCUACUUCCCGCUUUUGCCAGUCUCUGUGGGCAGAGUAUGGGGAAAUAAUAGUUCAAUAAAUACAGUAACAUCUGAAAUUAUUAAACUCCAUUCCAUUGGUUUGUAUAGUAACCAGUGCAUAUCAGCUGAGAUGUACCAUAUGUUUCACUCAGCUCUCAAGCCAUCCUGCAAAAUGGACACCAGUAACCCACAGGCAGUAAGAUAACUGAACAAGUACACAAAAAGUGAUAAGUCACAGGAUGUGCAUGGUUGUUGUUGCUUGUUUAGAAAGGAUGCCAGUUACAACUUGCUCAGUUGGAUAAGGCUUCACUAGAUGGCAACAGUAUAAUCAAGCCGGUUCCAUUUAUUCUCCCGUAGAGAAGGGGGAGCUGGGACAACCGUGGACAAUUGCUUUUAUACGUCCAGCUCAACUUCCCAGUCACACAGAGCUCGUAUGACUAUUUAUUGUGGAAGAGAGAGCAACUUUGUUGUGCUCCUCCUCCCCCACCCUAUCGAUCUCCAUCCCCAACCUACUACCAAAUAUGAAUCAUAGCAUCAGUGAAUUGCAGGGGUUGGAUACUGCAUAAAACCUAAGGAGGGGAUUUGUAAAUAUUCCAAAACAUUUUGCCAGAUAGCGAUAACGAUUGGCAUCAUGAUAACACAUAAGAAAUUACUUCAGCACUGACUCUUCUAAAAACUCAGACCCAGGACAUUUAAGUCAGACAGAAAACUUCUAUAACAUCAAAUUUCAAUCUGGAUAGACUUGCAACCCUUGUCUACGUAAUGGUGAACUAAUAGAAUGAUCUGGUUUCUUACUUCUGUUGUCAGUUAAUCUGUGCCUCUUCCCUCAGUGCCCCAGCUUUGUACAUUUUGGAAGCCGCCUCUGAUGUUGUAUAUACGUGAUGGCUGUGACAACUGUACAAUAUAUCUACACGCUGUCUCAGAUGGUCAAUAGUCUCUUGAAGUGUAAACCAUGGGUGUUGGAAUUAGAGUCUUCAGAUGUUUGUGAACACUUUAAUGCAUUGUCAAUAAAAAAAUAAACGUAAAUAUGCAGUUCUGAACAAGCAA